UAAUGACAUUUUAUUGAAAACAUUUCAAUCCUCUUGACAGUCUUCAAACUUAAUAUUCAGUUGGAAGAAGCAAAUUUAAUCUAUAAAUAUUCGUUAAAGUGUUUUUGAAACUUUUUUUAUGAUGUGUUCCAAAAAGUUCUCGCGGAUAUUUUUAUGUUUGAUUUUAAAUUUCUUUAACUUAUUCAAGUUUGCACUUAGUGGAGCUCCAUCAGGAUGUUCUUUGGACGACACGGCCAGUCUGAUUGGUCGUUUUGAUUGCGAGUUUAAUUCUGUAUCUUUUCCCCUUGUAAUGACAGAUUUCUCCUCCCCGGAUCCUCAAAGAAUCCGGAUCUAUAACGUAUCAGGAACGUUAAGUUCUCCCUCGUUUUCUGGAUUCAGUUCAUUCAAUACAGGAACAAUAGAUACUGACUAUCCAACGUUACUAGAAAUCGAAUGUGUUAAUGGCGGAACAUUGGAUAUAAGUGCUGGAACGUUUACGGGUAUGGAUUACAUCCAGGAAUUCUAUAUCACCAAUUGUGUUAUAUCGGACUUACCAGAUAACGUUUUUGCCGAUAUCGGAACGCUGAAUUAUUUCAAGAUUGAAGGAGGUUCUAUUGGAGCUACUCAAACCAACAGUUUAAAUGGAUUAAAUGUUGCAAGAUCUGGUUCACCAUCUCCACUAGGAACAUUCAUAAUCUAUAACUCUCCCAUCAUUACUGGAGAGCUGGCAUCUGGCUUCCUAAAUCCUUUGACAACGGUAACAACAAUCACGCUGAAGAACACUGGUUUGAAUUCUAUAGAGGCCAAUAUGUUCACCCAAAAUACAUUAGUCCGUAACUUAAGUAUUGCAGGAAACAAUUUUCAAGUGCUUCCCACCAACAUAUUUUCUGGAUUAGAUGCGCUAAUGUUUCUAGACAUGAGUGAUGUCCCCUUUAAUUGUAGUUGUUCUAAUGUUUGGUUUCUUGAUUAUUUAGUUGAACAUGACAUCAGUAUAGUGGGAGCAGCUGUCUGUAGCGAGCCUUCGUCGUACAAUUUACAAAGAGCGACAAUAUUCCAAGAUGAAAACUGUCCUUAUGAUCCUUGUGGAAACAUCCCAGGUAUAAAUGCAGAUCCACGAUGUCAUACGAUUUUCCAGGUGUUUGGAUAUGUUGUGACGUGUGGUAGUUUACUCGUGACAUUGAUGGCCAUUUAUCUGUACCUUAACACCCGACUUCAUAUUGCAAUGCCAAAAUUCCGACUAGAACAGAAGAAAAAAAACGCUUGGAUUAAAGUACAAGACUCACUUUACAAAGGUGUGGUCAAUAUGAUUCCACCAGCUUCGACAGGAGUAAACGGAGUUAAAUUGCCUCCAAUUAAGAGAGCGACGAGGAAGAGAUUUCCAUCCCCGAACGUGAUACAGCAUUUUGAUCUUCCGUACAAUUCUGAUCUGGAAAAAGAUGAUUUGGAAAAAGAAAUUAAUGAAAAAAACAAAAAUAAUUCUUUGGGAAAUAGUUACACGACAAAUGAAGUGAAUAAAAAAUCAAAAGCGGAUUUAGAAGUGUCAAUUGCAGACGGACAAUGAUUAUGUACAUGGAUAUAUUUUAAAUAAAGACAUUGACGUAUCAAGGGAAACGAAAGAUAAAACCACAAGAUUUAGAUAAGAUCACGAAAAAUAUAGCAAACCGCCAUUUAUAGCUUGCUAAGGCUCCGUGUUGAAGGCCGAACAUUGACCUAUAAUUAUUUUAUACAAUGUGAUAUGGACGGAGAGUUGUCUUUUAUUAAUACUACAUCUUCUUAUUUAUAUUGAAAA